UCAUAAUCAAUAAUAAAAAGAAAAUAUUAGGACCAAUUUUUGGCUAAGUCUAACAUUGAAUUUGCAACUCGUCACACCACUUUUGCUGGUAAAUUUGAGAAUUCUUCUUAUAAUUUGUUAUCAAGAGAUAAAUCUUACCAACAGUGCUGCAAAUAUCUUCUACUGUUUUUGCUUUUCGUGAGCUUGACGACUGCUAAGCGAAUCGAAAUUUUGUUAGCGAUUUGUGUCCGCCAUUAAUGGCUCUGUUUGGAUCCAACUUGCCCUGCGAGGUAGGGUUGAGAUUGCUUUUUUACCCCCUUGGUUCUAAUGUGGUUGUCCUUGUUCUGUGGGGACUGUCUUGCCUGUUUAUUCUACGUUCAAGGCCAUUGAAGCAAAGGAUGAAAAUGAGCAACAUAAAUGGCUUUUGUAUUGGGCUGAUUGUAUCGUAUGUAUUGUCCUUAUCUGGGUUUGUGCUUGCAGCUUAUGGAUCAUUUAGUGUUGCUGAGUUGUUCACCGAUAAGAUCCUCUACUGGUGUCCUCUCUACUAUCAUAUGAAGUUUGCAUUUCUUGUGUGGAUGCAACUGCCAUCUGUUGACGGGGCAAAGCACCUUUAUGUGAAUUACUUGCGUCCCUUCUUCUUUAGGCAUCAGGCAAGAUUUGAUCAACUCAUGGAUCUCUUUUAUGGUGAAAUGAUGAAAUUCGUCAGUAACCAUGAAACAGAAUUCCUGAUUGCAAAGAAGCUCCUUCUAAAGAUUUUUUCCUCAGCUAAUAAUGCGGUUCAAGAAAUCAUCCACCCAAGGCAAAGGCGAGGAAAUGGUUCCGUAAUCGAAGGUCCUCAGGAAGAAGUGCAGACUUCAGAUUCAGAAUCAGAAGAAGAUUGAGCACCAUUGGAUAUUUCGGGCUUCAGAGAGCUUUAUUGAGUGCCUUAAUGCUUAGAGUUGUUAAACUUAACAAGCGGAACUUGAGUUUGACUCAACUUGAUUUGUUAAGGCUUAAGUUUGACUUAUCAAGCGAGCAUAGCACGGGCUUGUUUAGUUAAUGAAAGCUUGUGUUUAGUUAAUGAAAGCUUGUGUUUAGUUAAUGAUAAG